ACACCACCACCUAAUAGGCUAAUACUCUAAUAGCAGAUAGCUACCGCAAGUCGGCAUCCAGGUCGCGGACUUGCAUGUAUAUCAAUAUCAGUAUAUCACCGCCAAGACUCCAGUACCCUAUCUUCUUUGUGUUGCAAAACUUGAGAAAACAACAAAAUGAAAACAAUAAUAUGCUACAUUUCCUUUCUCCUCUUCUUCAUCUUUAAUUUUCCUCUUCUUGCAACCUCAAAUCAAAGUUUUGACCAAAAUUUAGACAUCCAUGAUAAUAAAGCAGGCAUUAUUAUUGGUGAUGAGGAAGUAGUUAAAAGAUCAAUGUUUCCACAUGAUUUCCUCUUUGGAGUUGCCACGUCGGCAUAUCAGAUAGAAGGAGCUUACCUUGAAGAUGGAAAGAGCCUCAACAACUGGGAUGUCUUUAGCCGAAUUCCCGGAAAUAUAGCAAAUGGAGAUAAUGGAUAUGUGGCUGACGAUCAUUACCAUCGUUACAUGGAGGACAUUGAGAAUCUGAAAAACUUGCGGGUGAACACCUACCGAUUUUCAAUUUCAUGGGCUAGAAUUCUACCAAGAGGGCGGUAUGGUGAAGUCAAUCCCCUUGGCGUUGCGUUCUACAAUAAGAUUAUUGAUAAUCUUGUGCUUGCGGGAAUUGAACCAUUUGUGACAAUAUAUCAUGCGGAUCUGCCCCAAGAGCUUGAGGACAGAUAUGGGAGUUGGCUCAACGCUACAAUACAGGAGGACUUUGUACAUUUCGCCAAAACAUGUUUUGAGAAUUUUGGUGACAGAGUGAGGUAUUGGAGUACAAUCAAUGAGCCAAAUCUAUUGACAGACAUGUCUUAUAUCAGAGGUUGGUUUCCACCAGGUCAUUGUUCCCCACCUUUUGGUAAUUGUUCAAGAGGUAAUUCAGAUGUCGAACCUCUGAUUGUUAUUCACAACAUGUUGAUAUCACAUGCAAAGGCUGUUAAAUUAUAUCGUGACCAAUUUCAGCCUAUACAGGGUGGAACUAUCGGAAUAGUUAUCGUUGCCGUAAAUUAUGAACCGUAUAGAGAUGAUAUAUUCAGCCAUCAAGCUGUGGAAAGAGCUUUUGCUUUUAAUGUUGCCUGGGUUAUGGACCCAUUGAUAUAUGGAGACUAUCCUCCUCUAAUGAGGAAAUAUCAUGGAAAGGAGCUUCCAAUGUUCAGCAAAGAGGAACGAGAGUUGGUAAAGGGAAGCGUAGACUUCUUUGGUAUAAACCAUUAUACAUCUUUGUACGCAAUUGAUUGCUUCUUCUACUCUGCUGAAUGCAACUCCGGGGAGAAACGACGUAUUCGAGGUUUCGCCGGAACCACAGGAUAUAGGGAUGGCAUUCCCAUCGGAGAUGAGACAGGAAAUCCAAGAUUUUUUGUAGUACCACAAGGAAUGGAGAAGGUUAUGAACUACAUGGGAGUAAAGUAUCCAAACACGACUCUUUAUGUGACGGAAAAUGGAUACUCUCCGCCAAGGUUAUCCACAAACAGGUCAGAUAUGCUACAAGAUUUCAAACGGGUCAAGUAUCAUCAAGCGUAUCUCAAAUCCUUGGCUAGGGCCAUUAGGAGAGGAGCAAAAGUUAAAGGCUACUUUGCAUGGACGUUAAUGGACAAUUUUGAAUGGGCAUCAGGCUACAAUGUAACCUAUGGCCUUUACUAUGUGGAUAGGAGAACACAAAUACGGACACCCAAGCUUUCUGCAAAGUGGUAUGCGAAAUUUCUUGCAGAAAAUAGUCCCUUUACUAAACAGAAGUCCAUUCCAAGAUCUGCCUACUUCUAGUGGCUUAGACAAAGCAGAAGUUUGCACUUUAUAACUACAGGUUCUGUGUUCAGCAUACUAUUAGACGAUCAUAAUGCAAUAUUUUCUAUUUGAUUGUUGAUGUAAUCCUAGCAAUUCAUAUAGUGCAAGUUGAGAUAAUAUAUAUAGAUGUACGUAAAUGAUUUUUUUUUUUUUUAUAUAGCGUGAAAAUCUUUAUUGAACUUGAGAGGGUGAUCACUAAUUAGUCUGUAUUAUUACAUGCACAAAAUUGCAUCUCUGACAUUGAUAACAAAGCCAGCAUCCAUCUAAGAAACAAUAUGAAGUACACAUCGGCAGAAGCACAAACAUUUUUACUUAGGAAUAUCAUUUGUGUAAUAUCGAUUUCGAAAGUUUACAAUGCUAUCAGUGGUAAAAUUAUUCUUGUCAA